CCCGCAGCGCAGCGCGCCGCGGCGGGGGCGGGGGCGGGCGCAGAAGCGUCGUGAAUCGCGGGCCUAGCGGCGGUGAGUGUGCGCUUUUCCCGGGCCCCAGCGCGCCGCCGGCAUGAGCUACGACCGCGCCAUCACCGUCUUCUCGCCCGACGGCCACCUCUUCCAAGUGGAGUACGCGCAGGAGGCCGUGAAGAAGGGCUCGACCGCGGUUGGCGUGCGGGGAAAGGACAUUGUUGUUCUGGGCGUAGAGAAGAAGUCAGUGGCCAAGCUGCAGGAUGAGAGAACUGUGCGCAAGAUCUGUGCGUUGGAUGACAACGUCUGCAUGGCAUUCGCAGGGCUCACUGCUGACGCGAGGAUAGUCAUCAACAGGGCCCGGGUGGAGUGCCAGAGCCACCGGCUGACAGUGGAGGACCCAGUUACCGUGGAGUACAUCACCCGCUACGUCGCCAGUCUGAAGCAGCGCUAUACACAGAGCAACGGGCGCAGGCCGUUUGGCAUCUCUGCCCUUAUUGUGGGUUUUGACUUUGACGGCACCCCCAGACUCUACCAGACUGACCCUUCAGGGACAUACCAUGCCUGGAAGGCCAAUGCCAUAGGCCGGGGCGCCAAAUCUGUGCGUGAAUUUCUAGAGAAGAAUUAUACUGAUGAAGCCAUUGAGACGGACGACCUGACCAUUAAGCUGGUUAUCAAGGCCCUCCUGGAAGUGGUUCAGUCUGGCGGCAAAAACAUUGAACUGGCUGUCAUGAGGCGAGAUCAACCCCUCAAGAUUUUAAAUCCUGAAGAAAUUGAAAAAUAUGUUGCUGAGAUCGAAAAAGAGAAAGAAGAAAAUGAAAAGAAGAAACAAAAGAAAGCAUCAUGAUGAUGAAAUCUUAGUGAUUUUCAAAUUCAGAUCAUGGAUGAUUCUCAAAAUGAUAUGUAGGCAUUUCCAUUCCAUUUACUGUCCACGUGUCCUGCAAUAAAUUUCCGUAUUUGUUAACCUUUU